AUGUCAUCAACACCCACCAAACGAACCAUUGCCUGCMACGAAUGCCACAAGAAGAAGACCAAAUGUAACGGACAAGGGCCGCCAUGCUCAACAUGUGCCGACCUCAGCAUUGAAUGCACAUAUCCCGUCCGUGACAAGAAGACCAAAGUUGGCCAAAGGUAUCUCGAUAAGCUGGAAGCGGAGAACAAGCGUCUCGCUGCUCUUGUCUCCUCGUUAAGCACAUCUAGUGCCACACCUGCAGCGCAAACUCUUGUCGAGCCAAGAGCGGACAAUGCGGAUCGCAAUCCCUUGAUUGAAGAAAGACCAUGGUUUUUGUCUUUUAAGAAUGUAGACCUCCCAAUCCACAUUGGAGAGGCCGCUGACGCAGGAUUCUCAACACGCCUGCGGCAGGCAGCUUCUUCGGCACCCGUCAGCCAUCUGCCGAGAGUGAACUACCUGGCCGAUGAUGCUCUUCGUUCGUUUGGAGAAGUACCAAUCGAGUUCCCAAGUGCAUCGAGGGUGCGAUUUCUCGUAGACGUUGCUUUGAAGACGACCUCCCGCAAUUGGCACAUCUCAAGAAGGAGUGUGGUGUUGGAGGAUGUGCGAAGGAUCAAACAAGACCCGGGGAAUUGCGACUGGCUCACCAAAUGCAGAAUCUGGGCGUUGCUAGCCAUUGGUGAGGCUUUUUCGUCUCGAUGUGUGCUGCCAAAUGAACCAUUUCCUGGUGCAAGAUAUUGGACGAGAGCAAUGCAGUUGGCACACAUGCCUUCGGAGAGACCCAAAUUGGAUAUUGUGGAAGUCAAUCUUUUGAUGGCCUGCUACGCUGCAUCCAUGAAUCGUCGUCACACGGCGAUUCUCCUGGCAAGCCACGCAAUGCGACUCUGCGUCGUACUUGGUCUGCACAUCGAGAUUGGCGAAACCCAGUUGCGAGAUCCAGUGAUGCGUGAACAUCGAUGUCGCCUUUGGUGGACAGCAUAUCGAUUCGAUCGAAUGUGGGCAAGCAAGAUCGGAUGGCCACCUUCAAUCCCGGAUGAUAGUGUCGAGAUUGGGAUGCCGUCAGAUCAAGGUCUUGCCAAUCUUUCACCGGAGAUUCGAGGUGAUUUUGGGGACGCUGAAUACAUCGUCAUGUCUGUGCGCCUUGCAAAGAUKCUGAAUCAUGCAGUCAACACAUUGUACGUGCGGCGAAGGCAGCCGACGUCCUUCUCGGAGCGGGUGCAAGUCGCGGUAAGAGCGUUGAGGGAUUGGGCAGAAGGCUUACCAGAGCAUCUCAAAUUGGACGACAGCGACGCCGACUCAAGGGUUGAGGGUCACAUCCUCUACCUGCAUUUGGCCUUUAACCAAGCUGUGAUUGUCAUCACAAGACCCAUCUUGCUGCACUUAUACAAGCAACGCCAGACGCCCAUACACCAAGACAGUGCUCCACCUCAAACAUUCUCCGAGUCGGCAUUAUCUUUGACGACAGCCUGCAUCCGCUGUGCUCGACAGUCGAUGGGGAUGUUGAAGAGAGCGUGGGCGGAAGGAACAUUUCCAACGUUUGAUUACUUUCACACACAGUUUUUGUUCUCUUCAGCGACGAUCCUUGCUCUUUCUGCCCUGCUCCAGAACUCAGGCUGGAUGGGCGAUCGCGAGGACUUUUUGCUUGCGUGGACAUUCCUUCAACAGUUGGAGCUAAAUGGUAACUUUGGUGCAAAGGAGGUUUGUAUGCAUGUUGAGGCGCUGGAGAUGACUUUGCGAGAGAAUCUCGAUGUGGGAAGUAAUUCUGUGCAGAGCGGUGUUGCAGAGGUGGGUGCUAGGCCGACAUUUGCUCCGGUGGUGAAUCCGCCGUUGCAGGACUUUCUCAAUCAUCCGGAGAUUGAUCUGGAUUUCAUGGAUACUGGCGGAAACUGGAUUGACUGGCAGGAUGUGUUCUGGCCGGAGAUGGAGCCUCCUGUUGGAUGA